CCUCCUCAGCCCUCAUGUCUGACAGCACAGAGGGAAGAAGAAGAGGAAGAAGAAGAAGAAGGAAACUGACUGACAGACUGUUUUUCUGACUUUUUUGACGCACCGUGGAACUUUGUCCAUGUCACCAGCGAACCUGAGGCCAGGACACUCAUCAGCCCGCAGCAAAGCUCUUUGCCUUUUCCACGGAUUAAUUUAACCAUACCGGGAUCCACUAGCCUGGUUAUGGAUUUUAACCUGCUGACGGACAGUGAAGCCCGCAGCCCGGCACUGUCGCUCUCCGACUCCGGGACGCCGCAGCACGACCAGGGAUGUAAAGGCCAGGACACCAGCGACACAGAGAAGUCCCACCAGAACCAGCUGGAUGAAUCCAGUGCUGAGGACGGGUCUCUGAAGAAGAAGCAGCGGCGACAGAGGACUCACUUCACCAGCCAGCAGCUCCAGGAGCUGGAAGCCACCUUCCAGAGGAACCGUUACCCUGACAUGAGCACCAGGGAAGAGAUCGCUGUGUGGACCAAUCUCACUGAGGCACGGGUCAGGGUAUGGUUCAAGAACCGGCGUGCCAAGUGGAGAAAGCGGGAGAGGAACCAGCAGGCAGAGUUAUGCAAAAAUGGCUUCGGUGCCCAGUUCAAUGGACUCAUGCAGCCCUACGAUGACAUGUACACAGGAUACUCCUACAACAACUGGGCAACCAAGAGCCUAGCAAGCAGCCCACUCUCCGCUAAGAGCUUUCCAUUCUUUAAUUCAAUGAAUGUAAGCCCCUUGUCAUCCCAGCCCAUGUUCUCCCCCCCCAGCUCCAUCCCCUCCAUGAACAUGGCCUCUAGCAUGGUGCCCUCGGCAGUUGCUGGAGUUCCCGCUACUGGGCUCAACAACCUGGGCAACCUCAACAACCUCAACAGCCCCACGGCGCUCAACUCAGUAGCGGUGACUGCCGCCACCUGCCCAUACGCCACCACAGCCAGUCCCUACAUGUACAGAGACACCUGCAACUCCAGCCUGGCCAGCCUGCGGCUGAAGGCCAAGCAGCACACCAACUUCGCUUACCCAGCAGUGCAGAACCCCGUGUCCAACCUGAACCCCUGCCAAUACGCUGUGGACCGGCCGGUAUGAAGAAGAAGUGCCGACUGUGACCCCUGACCCCCCCUGACCAGCUGUAAGUCCACUGUUACUCCAUUUCACAUCUCUUCAGUUCCAUCUCUAAACUACCAGAUGUGCAGCAGACUGGCAGUUUGUGUUUUGAUGGUACACAAUGAGAAUAAUCUUCAAAACUGACACAACAAAUGAAUGUGCUCAGAUGGACCACCGCACUUCAAAGGAAUUCUCUCCAGUUUGUGAGACUUUGUCGCUGAACUGACCAACUGCUUCACAGGAUUUCUAAAAAUUAUUAUCCAUUAUGAUUUUUUUCCUUCUUUUAAACUGCAUGAUUAGAGUAAACGUAGAAACCAAAGGUAAAUAAAAUAUGGAUGCUUCAACUGGACUGGUGGUCAACAUCUUGGCCCAAAAAACAUCAAAUGCGAUCUUUGCUACUGUUGCAGGAAAAGGGACCUGUGGUUUCAAAUAGAGGAUGUAUAUAAUGAACUUUUUUCUGUUUUGUAUGUGGCAAAAAUAUAUGAAAACGUAGUACUUUAAAGAUGAGAAAAGCAUGUUCUUCAAAAGCAAAGGCCCUGGGUUGAUGGACUACAAGCACAUCUUUUGGGAACUUUAAACUUUGUUGUGAAUUCCUCUCCCCUCGGAAGGUUAUAGGUCAAAGGUCGACGUGGAUGGGUGAGAGGAGGGCAGUCCUGGAAAGUGAACACAACCUCAAGCUUUUAAAGACAAAAACAGCAAUUCACACACACAUAUAUCAGAAUAUCAACAAGAUUUUUUCAAGUAAAACUCUAAAAAGCCAUUGAAUAUAUAGAUUUGUGUGGUGUUAUACAAAGGGAGUCCAUGACUGUAAAAAAUGUAUGUAAGAGUGCAGUUGUUAAAACAAAAAAACAAGCUUUUUCCUGGUGUAGCCUGCUUUGUCUCAUUAAAGAACCAUUUAAAGGA